AUGUCUGGAAGGGACUAUAAUGGUGAGCCGGGAUGCCACAGUCCGGAGGAACUACAGCGGAACUUCCGACACUUCUGGGAUCCGACUGCGUAUUGGAAAUGCGGGAAGGCGGAUCAACCCGCCCAGCUCCAGCACUGCCCCGCCAAUGAGCUUUUCUACGAUAGGGAGCAGCGUUGCGUGAAGUGGAAGGACUGGCAGUGGACUGAACCACAGGAUCCGCCCACGAGGCCACGCAAAUAAAACAACCGAAAAUGUAUUGAAACAAAUUGUUGUUGAAAAUAUAAUUAAAAAGUGUUUUCCGAUUUUUCCCGGGUGA